CCAGGUGCAGUCGAGGCGGAGGCGGCGGCGGCGGCUCGGACGCGGCGCAGCAGCUAAAGGACCCUGCAGGACACCGGGAGCAGAACAGCUGCCGGCCCCAGCCUCUCCUUUGGAGCGGGACAUGGCCUCCGCGCUCCCCGGCAGCUGCCUCUGCUCAUCCAGCCUCCCUCAAGCACCGGGCGAAGCCGUGCCGAGCAGCGCCGCCAGCAUCUCGCUGUGGACAGUGGUGGCUGCUGUGCAGGCGGUGGAGAAGAGCGUAGAGGCCCACGCCUCCCGGCUGCUCAACCUAGAGCGGAGGACGGUAACCACUGAGAAAAAGUACUUGGACUGUGAGAAAACAGUGGUGGAUUUUGGGAACCAGCUGGAGAGCAAGCUGACCGUGCUGGGCACUCUCAUCCGGGAGUACGGGCAGCUGCAGCGGCGUCUGGAGCACAUGGAGAACCUGCUGAAGAAUAGGAAUUUCUGUGUGUUGCGUCUGCCCUCCGGCCUCAAGGCCGCAGAGGCAUCUGAAAGUGACACUUCUUGCUUUGCUGAGCAAGAGUGGGAGAACCUGGAGGAAUGGCAGAAGGAGCUGUACAAGAACGUGCUGAGAGGGAACAGUGAAUCUCUGAACUCUCUGGAUUAUGCAAUCUCCAAACCUGACCUCUUGUCCCGGCUUCAGAGAGGAGAAGUGCCCUGCAGUGAGGUGACCUCAGGACAGAAGGAGAUUCCUACAGAACCGAGUGCAGACUUCAGCAUUCCAGAGCCGAGCUUCACAGGAGCUCUGAAGCAAAAUGAAGAGGUGUGUGUGGAGGAGCAGGAAGCCACGGAGGGUGCAGAGUUUACUGAGCUCAGCGUUGAAGACGGCGGUGUCUGCGUUAAGAAAGAGGAAGAGCCGUGCCCAGCAGCGCAGGAGGAGCUGGAAGCCGCGGGAGCAGAGCAGGAGCCGUGCCCAGAGCCAGCAUUCUCUGAGCCUGAAGCUUCAGGUCAGACCAAGAGAGGCGUAGAGGUGUACAGCAGGGAGCUGCCAGGCACAACGCACGAAGACCUACCAGGAGACACCGAGUCUCAGAGCUGUGUGACUGCGGUCUUGUCGUGGAUUAAACAAGAGGAGGAACUGCACUGCCCCGAGCAGCAGGGCUCAGAGAAAGAAGAAAUCCCUGCAGAGCCAAGUGCAGUGCAUGAUGAGAACAGAAGGAGGGACCCCCUGGCUGACAGCUUUGUAAGCACGAUGUGUGACUCCAACAUGCUGGAGAGACCCGAGGAGAAGUUUCACGAGGAUCCCAGCCCUGCACUGACAUGGGACAGUCAGUGGAGCUCAGAAAUGAUGGAAACAACCACCAGCAGGAAUGGCUUUGGGGGUGAUGCUCAAUACGACCGAGCCUUUGGUGUACAACUGGAUCUCUUUAGCGCUCAGCAAAGUGAUGUCAGAAAGAGACUGUGCGUGUCCAGCAGGUGUGAGAGGAACUAUAUCCCGCAGGAGCAUCUUCCAGCUCUGCAGGGAGCCCAGGAAGAGCUGCUGCCAGUCCCCAGGUGUGAGAACAGUCCCAUUGAGGCGGCCUUCCAGCACACAGUGGAUGCUGCAGGGGAGAAGUUUGAAGGGCUGCCAGCCAAGCUCAUGCCAAGCAGUGCAGGUAGAACCAGGCUUCGUGAGCACAACGGCCUUUGCAGAGAGGACCGGCCGUCAAUGGGGAGCGGAGGGAAGCUCCCUGCAGAGAAUUUGUUAUCCAGCCCCUUUGAGGCCGACCCACGGGACGUGUCGGAGGCGCCCAGGGGUGGCUUAGCGAGCCAACAGCAGAGCCAGGGCAGGGGAAAGUCCUACAUAUGCAAUGACUGUGGGAAAAGCUUUGUUUGCCACUCCUGGCUUGUCCGACACCAGACCUCUCACACGGGUGAGAGGCCCUACAAGUGCUCCGAGUGUGACAAAAGCUACAGGAGGAAGGAUUAUCUCUUAAAACAUCUGCGCCGCCACUCGGGAGAGGGGCUCUUCCCAUGCCACCUCUGCAGCAAAAGGUUCGUACUCAGGAGGAGUUUAAUUAAGCAUCAGGAAAGCCACGUGCAGAGAACACAUCAGACUGCCAGCUGGCCCUGCACAGAGAUCAGGGAAUCCGUGCUGCACUCCAGAUAGAAAAUCCUGCCCUGCUGUGGGCAGCCAAGCAGGUGCACAGCAGGGUCUUCCAGCUCAGCACUGUGCUGAGGUGGCUGUUGGAUGGCAGCUCCCUGCGUGGGGAGGGGGGAACGUUGGUGUUUAUUUUCCACUGAGUGCAUCGGGGCGGUCACUGGAGCUGCUUGAUGGCUGCAGGGCCUGCAGGACUCGAUGGCCUUCAGAAGUCCCUUCCAACCCUAAGGAUUCUGUGAUUCUAUGCCUGGCUAUGAGAUAUGCAGGAAGGCUGCAGCACUCACAGCUCCUGAACCCACUCUGGAGAGAAGUAACCUCGACACAGAGCUCUGUGUAAUGCUUCGGGCUGCAGGACAUCCAAAAUGUCAUCUCAGGGUAUCUCAGAGCCUGGGAACGGAUCCGUAAGAGACUUCAAUAUCCUGUACUGAGCACAGGGAGCCCUGUGAGCUCUGAGCAGGGCUGCGUUCCGCUGCUGUGGUGGUGCUGGCAGUUCUCGUGUGACCCCACAGCAGCUGUGCCUUCUGGGCAGCCUUCAGGCGCUUCUCCGUCGUGCUUUGCCGUGCUGUCGCAGCUCUGGGGGGGUUUUGUGCAACUUUCUGAGUCCUGCUAACAGGCAGCGUGAACGUUUGUAGAACGUCCUCCCCGAGGCGUUGCGUUGCUGUGUUUUCAGGGGGGGAGGGGCGUGCUGGGUCGGAUGCGCCGCGACGUCGCGUUCCUUUUGAUAAUAAAGAAGCUUCUCGUGGCUCCCGGUGGCGCUGAGCCUCGCAGGGCGGAAAUGCAGAAGCUGAGGCCGAAUCAGAACCGGGUUCUCGGCUCCCAUGGCCGGCCGGCGCCGCGCCGCGGUUGUUAUGGCAACGAGCCGGCUGUGGGCGCUUCCUUCCUGUGGUGUCACGCUCGCUCCUCCUCCAAUCAAAACCCUCCGCUUUCGCCAUUGGCCAACCCUGGGAGGCCGUGCCGCACGUGCCCGCGUUGAUUGGCUCUAGUCGUGCGGCGCGCGGGAGGGCGGGGCAAAGCAGCUGCAGGCCAAUGGCGAGGGGAGGCGGGGUGGCGCUUCGCACACCGAGCGUUCUGAUUGGCUCGUACCGGGUCGAUGGGGGCGGUGCGCAGCAAGAUGGCGGCGCCGUGGUGGCGGUGAGCGGGGUCGGGCCGGCCGGCCUUCGCACAGCCCUGCUGAGGGCCGCCGCGAUCCCGCAGCGCCGGGACGAGACCCAGCGGCGCCCGAAACAUCGGGCUGGGGGCGGGAUCUCCGGCUCUGGCCCUUUGUCGGCGCCCCUGAGCGAGCUUUGUGGCGGAGCGUGCGCGGUUCCUCUCGGAAGCGCCGCUGAGCGAAGGGCGCGACGCUGCAGGAGGUCCGCUCGGCGCACAGCCGCGUGCUCGCGGCUCCUUGAAGCUGGCUUAAAAGGUUUUUCCCUUUCAGAGAAUUGGGGCCUGCUUGGAACGAAAGCUGCGCUGGGCGCUCCUCCGCCCUCCUGCUGGCGCGUUAUUUUCGAGCUGCUCCCAUCUCUGCCUUCGCGAUGGUUUAUUGCUCGGCACUGAGUCGCCCGAAGGCCACCAGCGGGGGCUGCGAGGACAGCGCCAUCGCUUUCCAUGGUUUCCCUCUCCGAAACGAAGCCCUCCUGAAGCGGUGGCUCCACGCCGUGGUCUCGGACGUGGGGACGCCUUCCGAGCACCGGCGGUCGUGUUCAAAGUGCUUUGAGGGCAGCUCUUUUGAAAUCGACCCCUUAAAAAUUAAGAGGAACAGGUGGCUGCUGGAAGAGGCCGUUCCCAAGCAGUUCAUCCUGGGGGGAGAUGGGAGCUGGAUCGUCAGGACCCCUCACAGCCUCUGUGGUGGAAGAAGUAAUUAAACUCAGAAGCAAACCCAGAGCUCCUAAAGGUCCAUGGGGCGUUUGGGAAAGUGGCAGCACAAGAGGAGAAGAGCCUGGAAGAGUGGCAGAACGAACUGUACGAGGAGGAGGUGAUGAAGGAAGAUUGCAGAUCUCUGGAAUCUGCAGACAACGGCCUCUAUUUUUUGUACAACUCUGAUCUGAUAAAAAAAGAGUGUGUGCUGUGCACUGCAUCAGAAGGAAUCAGCUGGAGAAAAACAAGUGUGUGUCAGCAAGGCAGUGAGGAGCGACUGAUGGCACACUGCACCAGGCAGCUGAGGUACACUUGUGGCUGUAUCAGUUCAAGACCUUCCACUUGUGAACACUUGAGUUUUCAAUCUUCUAGUUAUGAUUUCUGGAAUUAAAAAUGGGAAGACAAACACUGCUUCUCCUGUUCCUAGCUCUCCCCUUAGGUACCAGGGCAGCUGUGACAGUCACUUGCAGCCAUCUCCUCGUUGGACCCAUCUGCAGAGGGAAAGGGAGAGGUGCAUUUAGACAGUGGUUGCACAGGUUUUCAUGGGAAAACGGUGCCUCAAAGUGUUUGCUUACAGUAAUGGCACCCAGAGUGUUGUCCUUUGGGAAAGCAGAAGGCUUUUCAUAGAAUUUUUCAUAGAAUCAUGGAAUCACUGGCUGGCCUGGGUUGGAAAGCACCACAGUGCUCAUCCAGUUCCAAC